GCGCGAGGGGGCGCGCGCGGGCGGCCAGGCACCGGGUCGCCGGAGGUGAAGCGCGGUGAGGAUGGCGGCGCGGGGCCGGGGGCUGCCGCCGCUGCUGCUCGCGCUCUCGGGGCUGCUGGCGGUGGGGUCCACCGCCGCCGCUGCCAAGCUUAACAUUCCCAAAGUGCUGCUGCCUUUCACGCGGGCCACGCGCGUGAACUUCACCCUGGAGGCCUCGGAGGGCUGCUACCGCUGGUCAUCGACCCGGCCGGAGGUGGCCAGUAUAGAGCCGCUGGGCCCGAGCGAGCAGCAGUGCUCCCAGCAGGCAGUGGUGCAGGCCCGCCUGUCCCAGCCCGCCCGCCUGACCAGCAUCAUCUUCGCAGAGGACAUCACCACGGGCCAGGUCCUGCGCUGCGAUGCCAUCGUCGACCUCAUCCAUGGCAUUCAGAUUGUCUCCACUACCCGUGAACUCUACCUGGAGGACUCACCCCUGGAGCUGAAGAUCCAGGCCCUGGACUCUGAAGGAAACACAUUCAGCACCCUGGCUGGGCUGGUCUUUGACUGGACGAUCGUGAAGGACACAGAGGCCAACAGGUUCUCAGACUCCCACAACGCACUGCGAAUCCUCACGUUCUUGGAGUCUACAUACAUACCUCCUUCCUACAUCUCAGAGAUGGAGAAGGUGGCCAAGCAGGGGGACACCAUCCUGGUGUCUGGAAUGAAGACAGGGAGCUCCAAACUCAAGGCACGCAUCCAGGAGGCUGUGUACAAGAAUGUACACCCUGCGGAGGUCAGGCUGCUGAUUUUGGAGAACAUCCUUCUGAACCCUGCUUAUGACAUCUACCUGAUGGUGGGGACCUCCAUUCGCUACAAGGUGCAGAAGAUCAGGCAAGGAAAGAUUACAGAACUUUCAAUGCCUUCCGAUCAGUAUGAACUGCAGCUUCAAAACAACACCCCAGGCCCUGAGGGAGACCCAGGCCGGCCUGUGGCCGUCUUGGCCCAGGACACAUCCACGGUCACUGCGGUGCAGCUGGGACAGAGCAACCUGGUCCUCGGCCACAGGAGUAUCCGCAUGCAGGGUGCUUCCAGGUUACCCAACAGCACUGUCUACGUGGUUGAGCCUGGAUACCUGGGGUUCACAGUCCACCCUGGUGGCAGGUGGGUGCUCGAGACUGGCCGCCUGUAUGAAAUCACCACCGAAGUGCUUGACAAGUCCGGCAACAAGGUCUUCCUGUCGGAUAACAUCCGCAUUGAAACCAUGCUUCCUCCUGAGUUCUUUGAGGUGCUGGCUUCUUCCCAGAAUGGGUCGUACCAUCACGUCAGGGCAACAAAGAGGGGCCAGACGGCCAUCGAGGCAGCUCUCACUUCCGUGGUGGACCAGGAUGGAGGGGUCCACACGUUACGGGUGCCUGUGUGGAACCAGCAGGAGGUGGAAAUUCACAUCCCCAUCACCCUCUAUCCCAGCAUCCUGACGUUUCCGUGGCAACCAAAGACAGGCGCCUAUCAGUACACAAUAAAGGCCCAUGGCGGGAGUGGAAACUUCAGCUGGUCUUCAUCAAGCCAAGUGGUUGCCACGGUCACGGUCAAGGGUGUGAUGACCACGGGCAGUGACACUGGGCUCAGCGUGAUCCAGGCACAUGAUGUGCAGAACCCACUACAUUUUGGUGAGAUGAAGGUAUAUGUGACCGAGCCCAGCGGCAUGGAGUUCACCCCGUGCCAGGUGGAGGCACGUGUGGGCCAGACCCUGGAGCUGCCCUUGAGGAUCAAUGGCCUCAUGCCUGGUGGGGCUGGCGAGGUGGUCACCCUGAGCGACUGCUCCCAUUUCGAUUUGGUGGUUGAGGUGGAGAACCAGGGCGUGUUCCAGCCCCUCCCAGGCAGGCUGCAGCCAGGGGCUGAGCACUGCAGCGGUGUCAAGGUGAGAGCUGAGGCCCAGGGGUACACCACGCUCCAGGUGAGCUACAGACAUGGCCACACCCACCUGAGCGCCCGGAUCACCAUCGCUGCCUACCUGCUCCUCAAGGCUGUGGACCCCUCCUCUGUCGCCUUGGUGACCCUCGGCUCCUCAAAGGAGAUGCUGUUUGAAGGAGGUCCCAGACCCUGGGUCCUCGAGCCUUCCAAGUUCUUCCGGAAUGUCACCUCUGAGGACAUGGACAGCAUCAGCCUGGCUCUCUUUGGGCCCUCAACCUCCCGGAAUUACCAGCAACAUUGGAUCCUCGUGACCUGCCGGGCCUUGGGCGAGCAGGUCAUCGCCCUCUCUGUGGGGAACAAGCCCAGUGUCACCAACCCCUUCCCUGCGCUGGAGCCCGCCGUGGUGAAGUUCGUCUGUGCCCUGCCCUCCAGGCUCACCCUGACACCUGUCUACGCCAGCCCCCAGCUGGACCUGUCGUGCCCGCUCCUGCAGCAGAACAAGCAGGUGGUUCCAGUCUCCAGCCACCGCAAUCCCCGACUGGACCUGGCCGCCUAUGACCAGCAGGGCCGCAGGUUCGACAACUUCAGCUCCCUGAGCAUCCAGUGGGAGUCCACCAGACCACUGCUGGCCAGCAUAGAGCUUGACCUGCCCAUGCAGCUGGUGGCCCAGGAUGAUGGAAGUGGCCAGAAGAAGUUGCAUGGUUUUCAGGCCGUUUCAGUUCACCAGGCAUCGGGAACCACAGCCGUCUCCGCCACGGCGACAGGCCACCAGCAGUCCCACCUGAGCGCGGCCAGAGUGAAGCAGCCGCAUGAGCCUCUAGUGCCUGUGUCAGCCUCCAUUGAACUCAUCCUGGUGGAGGACGUGAGGGUGAGUCCAGAAGAGGUGACCAUCUACAACCACCCCGGCGUGCAGGCAGAGCUGCACAUCCGAGAAGGCUCCGGCUACUUCUUCCUCAACACCAGCACCGCGGACAUUGUCCAGGUGGCCUAUCAGGAGGCCAGGGGCGUCGCCACUGUGCAGCCCCUGCUCCCAGGCUCGUCGACCAUCAUGAUCCAUGACUUGUGCCUAGCCUUCCCUGCCCCGGCAAAGGCUGAUGUCUACGUAUCGGACAUUCAGGAGCUGUACGUCCGCGUGGUUGAUAAGGUGGAGAUUGGGAAGACCGUCAAGGCAUAUGUCCGGGUGCUGGACUUUCACAAGAAGCCUUUCCUGGCCAAAUACUUUGCCUUCAUGGACCUGAAGCUCCGAGCAGCCUCCCAGAUCGUCACGUUGGUGGCCCUGGAUGAAGUCCUUGACAGCUACACUGCCACAUUCCGCAUCCACGGCGUGGCCAUCGGCCAGACCAGUCUCACAGCAACUGUGACCGACAAAGCCGGACAGAGAAUCAACUCAGCCCCACAGCAGAUUGAGGUCUUUCCCCCUUUUAGGUUGAUACCCAGGAAGGUGACGCUGAUUAUCGGGGCCAUGAUGCAGAUCACCUCCGAGGGCGGCCCCCAGCCUCAGUCCAAUAUCCUCUUCUCCAUCAGCAACGACAGCGUUGCGGUGGUGCAGAGCACUGGGCUGGUGCGUGGGCUGGCUGUUGGCAAUGGCACCGUGUCAGGGGUCGUGCAGGCUGUGGACGCUGAGACUGGCAAGCUUGUCAUCGUGUCUCAGGAUCUCGUGGAGGUGGAGGUGCUGCUUCUCCAGGCGGUGAGGAUCCGUGCCCCCAUCACUCGGAUGAGGACAGGGACCCAGAUGCCCGUUUACAUCACUGGGAUCACCAACAACCAGAACCCUUUCUCUUUCGGCAAUGCUGUACCUGGCCUGACCUUCCACUGGUCAGUCACCAAGCGGGACAUCCUGGAUAUCCGGGGGCGACACCAUGAGGCUUCGCUCCAGCUCCCGUCACAGUACAACUUUGCCAUGAACGUUCAUGGCCGGGUGAAAGGCCGUACUGGGCUGAGGGUGGUAGUCAAGGCUGUGGACCCCACGGUUGGGCAGCUGCAUGGCCUCACCAAAGAACUCUCCGAUGAGAUCCAAAUCCAGGUAUUUGAAAAGCUGCUGCUGCUGAACCCUGAAAUAGAAGCAGACCAAAUAUUAAUGUCACCUAACUCAUUUAUAAAGCUUCAGACAAACAGGGAUGGUGCAGCAUCUCUGAGCUACCGUAUCCUGGAUGGGCCUGAGAAGGUUCCCGUUGUGCAUGUUGACGGGAAGGGCUUCCUGGUGUCAGGGGCUCGGAUUGGGAUGUCUACUAUCGAAGUGACUGCCCAGGAGCCUUUUGGGGCCAACCAAACCAUGAACAUUGCUGUAAAGGUGUCUCCUGUCUCUUACCUGAGGCUCUCUAUGAGCCCCGCCCUGCACACCCAGGACAAGGAGGCUCUGGCAGCCCUGCCCUUGGGAAUGACCGUGACCUUCACUGUCCACUUCCACGACAACUCUGGAGAUGUCUUCCAUGCUCACAACUCAAUCCUCAACUUUGCAGCUAACAGGGAUGAGUUUGUGCAGAUCGGGAAGGGCUCCACCAACGACACCUGCAUUGUCCGCACUGUCAGCGUGGGCCUGACGCUGCUCAGCGUGUGGGACGCACAGCACGCAGGCCUCUCCGACUUCGUGCCACUGCCCGUCCGACAGGCCAUUUCCCCGGAGCUCUCUGGAGUGGUGGUGGGGGACGUCCUCUGUCUGGCCACUGUCCUGGUCAGCCUGGAAGGCCUCUCUGGAACGUGGAGCUCUUCAGCCAACAGCAUCCUCCACAUUGACCCCAAGACAGGCGUGGCGGUGGCCCGGGAUGCAGGAUCCGUGACAGUUUACUAUGAGGUCGCUGGACACCUGAGGACCUACAAGGAGAUGGUGAUCGGAGCCCCUCAGAGGAUCGUGGCCCGGUACGCCCACCCUGUACCGACCAGCUUCCGGGAGGCCACGGCCUCCAGAGUGAUUGUCACCGUGGGAGACAGAAGCUCUAACCUGAGAGGUGAGUGCUCCCCUGCCCAGAAGGAAAUCAUUGAGACCCUGCACCCAGAAUCCCUCAUCAGCUGCCAGCUCCAGUUCAAGCAGGAUGUCUUUGAUUUCCCUGCCAGUGGUGUUUUCACCGCAGAGCCAAGGUUUGACACUGCUCUGGGCCAGUACCUCUGCUGGGUCACAAUGCACAGGCUGACGGACAGGCAGCUAAAACACCUCAGCAUGAAGAAGACAGCUCUGCUGGUCACUGCCUCCAGCCAGGGCAGCCCCUUCUCCGGAGAGCAGGUCGGGGCCGAGGUGCCCUUCAGCCCAGGGCUUUAUGCCGAUCAGGCUGAAAUCCUUCUGAGCAACCACUACACCAGCUCCGAGGUCAAGGUCUUUGGUGCCAUGGAGAUUCUAGAGAACCUGGAGGUGAAAUCGGGGUCCCCGGCCAUACUGGCUUUCGCAAAGGAGAAGUCGUUGGGGCUGCCCAGCUUCGUGACCUACACAGUCGGUGUCUCGGACCCCACGGCCGGCAGCCAGGGACCUCUUUCCACUGCCCUGACCUUCUCCAGCCCUGUGACUAACCAAGCCAUCACCAUCCCUGUCACCGUGGCCUUUGUGAUGGAUCGCCGAGGGCCUGGACCUCAUGGAGCCAGCCUCUUCCAGCACUUCCUGGAUUCCUACCAAGUCAUGUUCUUCACCCUUUUUGCCCUGCUGGCUGGGACUGCUGUCAUGAUCAUAGCCUACCACACGAUCUGCGUGCCCCGGGACCUCACCACGCCUCCAGCCCUCUCCCCUCGAGCCAGUCCUCUGCACAGCCCCCACUGGCCAGCUCGGCAAGCCCCCUGUGGGUUCCCCUCUGCUGGCCCAGGGAUACAGUACCAGGAGACAUGCUGGGUGUGCAGCAGGCACAUCACGAACGCCUGGACAUGGGCACCGAGGAAGCGCUGAGCAGUGUUGAGCUCUCUCUUCUGCUCUGUUGCUCACUCCAUCUUUUUCCACCCUAGAUUUUGCUGCCUCACCGAUGCCUUUCAGUGCGCUGCCUCCUGCUCGCCGAGCCAGUCCUCCCGCGGGGCUGUGGAGCCCACCGUACAGCUCCCGCUAGUCAGCAUGGGCUGGGGGCUGCCCCACACGGAGGCCCUGGCACCUGUGGGCAGCACGGUUGGGACAGCCCGACCCGGAGCAGGCCCCCAGCCCCACACCUCUGGCCUCCUCACUGCCUCCUCUGUUCCGCAGACCUAGAGUUAAGGCUGUGCUUGCUAGCUUAGCCUUACAUGUAGGAGUUUAAGGCUUUUUGGCUCAUUCUUCAUGCCUGGUUGGCUAGGGUUCCUGGACGAUGGUGAUGCUUUAUUUUCUAGUCUCUAAGGUCACUCCCUCCUCAAGACCUUGAGCAGGCAAAGCUCUGUUUAGAAGUUGUCUGUGAGUGAUGUACUUCAGGGUCUCAGGGAAAGACUGUAAUUUUUUAUUUUUGUGGGCUUUGUCCCCUGUGGAGACUUGAUUUUUUCCCCUCGUCUGGCUCCUGCUAGGAAAUGAGGGGAGUGAAUAGACGUCGGGUGCCUGCCCUGUUCCUGCACAGGGAACCUCAGGAAUGCAGUGACAGGGACCCUGUGCUGGCACGGCCGCACAGGGAGACGCCGAGAUGCUCAUGAGCAGACCUAGGCUGCUUUGCGCCCCUCUUAGGGCCACUGUGAGCAGACUGCUGACCUCCGUGCCUAUUUGUUCCCUAAGCUGAGCAAACAUCUGGACUUGGCCUGGGCCCCACUGGGACGUCCCGUGGGGUCCAGCUCGUUCUCCCUAUCCUGGCUUCUCUUUCAGCAUGGGGACAUGAGAAUUGUAGUUAGGAAAACGUCCUUGAGCCAGAGACUGGGAUCUUCCUUUCUGUCCCUUUGGAGAACCUGCUGUGUUCUGUCGAAGCACAAAGAUCCAGUGUUACUUGUUCCUCCUUUUGUAUGAAAGCCACACACCUCAGCACACCUGAGCCCUUGCCCGCCCUGUGCAGAGUUGGCCUCCCCAGCGGGCAGCUCCCAGCAGAGGCAGGCAGAGCCCAGCCCGGCCAGCGAGGAGGGCAGGCCAAGGCCUCCAGGGCCUGCCCUCCAGGAAGGGGCUGCGAAGGAGAGGACGGCUCCAGUGACACCCCCCUUGCCAGCAGCUGGGUCAGUCAGCAUCUGAGACCUCCAGAAUGCACCCCUUUGCCCCUUGCCAGCCAAGGAGCCAUGCCACUCUCAGGAAGACUUGGAGACACACCCAGAGCCAGUUGCACAUGGACAUGGUGUGCAGGAGUCCAGUUUGACUGAGCUGCAAGUGCGCAUCCACUUCAGUCCUUGGGGGCUGGGCCAUGAGAUUAUUUUUUUAAAGCUGGAGACAGGAAGAAUCGUGCCUUGCGUAUUACUUGAGCUCACACUGACAACUUGGAUGUAAAUAGGCGUGUUUCUACUUGGUUUAUUUAAUAAAGCGCUAUAUAAUUUCUUAA